ACGUGGUUCGGGCAAUUUGCAGGAGGAAGGACCGAAGUUUCCUCAGUGCUUCCGCGCGUGCCGGGCACUCGCGACCGCCGCGAAAAUUCCCGCGAGGAUGCGCCUCGAAGAGACCACCGCCGGGCCUCGCCGCCGAGUCUCUCCUCUCCCGAGCCCGUUCGCGAGGGAACGAGCAAUAAAAUCGCCGCUCUCUCUCUCUCUCUCUCUCUCCCUCGACCUCGCCUGGAUUCUCGCGCGUGAGAGGAUGUAUCAAUUACCGCGGUCGAUUAAUGAGAUUCGCCGUGAAGCGAGCCGCUCUUGUAAUUCGCCCGUAAUUAUCCGCGCAUAGUCGAGAUGCAAUUUAUUCGCGAUUAUCGUCCCCGACGAAGCCGCUGACACCGCCCUCGGCCUCGCUGUCGCUCCAGGGGGCGGCUAUUAGUCCGACGUUAAUUCGCGGUGAAUCAACGAUGAAUUAUGAAGACGACUCGCGAGCGGAUCGCGAGCGAUAUUUCCGUCCGUCUCGAGUGGAGACCGCGGAUUAAGCGGCGCGCCAGGAGAUGUAAACAGCGGACGAAUUCUCCUCGGCUCGCGUUGCCAACGAUAUCGCGUUAAGUGCUUCCAGACUUCGCGGUCGCAAAUUCUGCGAUUCUCUUGCGCGAGGCAAUCUGUCGUAAACUGAGCUGCAGCGCGGCGGCGAGCUCUCGCCGCGCGGAGAUUCGUUUCGUCCUCCGCAACAGCGUGUGUGUUGCAGGAAGAAAAGAGAAGAAUCGAUCCUCCUCGAUCGUCCCAAUUAUUUGAGGGUGACUGUGAAUUUCGGCAGAAAGUUCGCCGACGAAAGUGAGAAAGCGGUAAUCUCAGCGAUCGAUGGAAAAAAAGAAUCGACCGGAGGCGAAAGGACUUUCGUCGUAGCUCGCCACUCACCCGGAUACUCGUAAUUCACGAAUCCGUAAUAUGUGCUCGCGCUUUCCGACGUGUGAAGCGUCGCGUGCGGAUUUCUCGAGCUGCGCCCGGCCGUUCAUCAUUCCGGCGAUUAAUCGCGGCCGCGCAAACUCCUCUCUCCCCCUCUCGAGCUUUCGCGUGUGAACCUCGUGGAAAACGGAAUGGCUCGCCAGCGCAUGCGACGCGACGCUGCUGGUCCCGUGUGAAAAUAUUCGCGAAAGACUCGGCGAAAUGUUUCGGCCACGGUGAUACCGGCGGCGAGCACUCUUCGAGGAAGAAAGAGCCUGCCCCGGUGACCCGGCGCCUUGCGUAUUUCCAGGAGCCGGACGAGUGCGAUCGAUAGUUUUAUCGGGAUCGCGCGCGACCGGUAUAAGGAGGAGGAAAGUGUUAACGCGGGGAAUAAAGCAUGCAGCUACUUUCCAGCUUCAUGGGCCGCCACACGAAGCGAGGAGCUUCCUUGAAAAAAGGAAAGCGCGAAUCCAUCGGAGGCGGGAAUCCUGUUGGUAAUUGGCCGUCUUCAACGGGAGGUCCGGUCAGGCCCCUUAACAGUACCGUUGGGUACGGUGUUGCGGCGGGGGGCGCCAACAUGACACCCGAUGAUCCCGCGCCCGACGAAGAAUUCGCCCUUGCCGUCGCGCAGAAAGCACAGAGAGACGCAGAGGCGAUCCGCACCGUUCUCUAUCUCGGAGUGGCGCUCACGAUCACCUGGAUAAUAGGAGCCGCUGGACUGUCAUUGGCGUGGCUGGUUCUGGUCCUGGCAUUGGCAGCGACGAUCGUUAAAGCGAGAGUGUCCCGACUCCUUCAGACGGAGCUGCAGCACGAAUUGGCCAGGUUACGUAGGAGACGUGCGCUGUACAAAGACGAGACCGCUGAGUGGCUCAGUCUGCUUCUCAAUAAAUGGUGGAGAUUCAGCGCCGCCAGUAUAUUUUCCCUGGCGAAGGAACGACUGGAGCCUCUUCUUAAUGAGGCUAAACCCGGUAUACUAGGUCCAUUAGAAUUGCGCGAACUCACCCUCGGCGAGCAGACACCGUGCAUUACUCGCGUGAGAACUCUCGAUUACUGCAGCGACGAUGAUCUCCCUAAUGGACAUCAUUCCGGGCAGACAAAAUUGUCCGUCGAAGCCGACCUGCGGCUGGACUGCGAACAAUUCCGCAUGCUCAUCACCACGCGGUUGUUUGGUAAAGGCGUCGGGAUGGACAUCGACCUGGCGGUGGAGAAGUUGUCGUUAUCGGGCACGAUCCUUGUCAACCUGAACCUGAACACCUCGGCGCCGUUCCCACACGCGACCGGGCUCAGCGUGAGUUUCUUGGAGAAACCAGACGUCUGGUUCAGCGUGAGGAUUCUGCGGGCGGUGCAGAUGAUGGAGAUGCCCCUGAUCAAGACCUGGAUCCACGCAGUGGUGACAGACGCGCUGGCCAGCUGGCUGGUCGAUCCGGGCCACUUAGAGAUGGAUCUCAGGGCUCAAGAGCGACCUGGUCCCGGACUGGAUUCCAUGGCUAAUUCCGUGCCACAAGGGGUACUCACCGUCGUCCUGUGUCAAAACGGCUGCCCCGCGAACGUCGCCGACGAAGUGAGAUGGCUCGCGGUGACGGUGGGCGAUCAGAGGAGGAUCACCUCGAAUUUAAGCAACGUGUGGACCGAGGACGUGUCCUUCUUGGUCGGGCCGCUGGAUAACGAGAGGAUCACGAUCAAGCUUAAGGCGAAACGGCUCGUUAGUACCAUCACUCUGGCGCAGUUCGAGUUGGCGUUGGGAGUUUACGAUUGGGAGAACUCGCAGGUUGUGGAAACCAUGCUGCAACAGAAGAAACCGUCCCGCAAUAGCACUAAUAUUCCGAACAUCAACGCGCGGCUGGAAUACACCGCUCUGCCGCACUUGGAUCCCGACUUACCGCAGCCGGACUUGGCAGCUGACAAUUUGCAUCUUGCAGUGUCGCGAGAUUCUUACCACAGAGCGAACAAAGCAGGGGUGCUGGUGGUUUACAUCCAUUCCGCCGACAAUCUCAACAGCGACGCCGCUCAGUGCAACCCUUACUGCAUGUUAUUCAACAAUCGAAAGAAGGUGAAAACAACACACUACGUCCGCUCGACCACUUCGCCGGUUUGGGACUGCAGAGCGCAGUUUUUAGUGCAGGAUUACACCCAAGUGUCUCUAAGCUUCGUCAUUUAUUCGUGGAAUAUAUCAAAAUCGGUAGACACGGACAUGCUCGGACUGGCCAUGCUAUCUCUGUCGCAGGACACGACCUGGAUCGUCAGGAAAGAACUUACGCUGAAUGGUACCAACAUAGUCUCCACUAUGACAGUCUCCGUUCUGUUUUAUCCUGUGAAGAGUAUACAACAAGUGCUCACCAGCCGUAGGAGCAGUAUGGCCCCGACUAUGAUAGAAGACGAGCCAAAAAUCAAACGAAACAGUCUACCGUGGAUGCAACAAGCUAAACUGUUAUUAACACACAAAGAUGUCGAUCCUGCCUCCUCCGAUAUAUCCAGCCUACUCUCUACCGGAAGCGGCUUAAUGGAGGUGACGCUGUUACGCGCAAAGGAUCUCGUCGCAAAAGACUUGAACGGCUUCAGCGAUCCUUUCUGCGAAUUGAAGCUGAACAACGAUACGAAGUACAAGAGUAGCAUAAAGAAGAAAACGCUGAAUCCUUGCUGGGAUGAAAGUUCCAUCAUGGGCUUGCCAAGGAGCGGGGAAACUUUAGAUAUCGUGUUAUGGGAUCAUGAUACUUUUGGCAUGAAGGACUACCUCGGGAAAGUAUCAUUGACUCUCGACGAUAUCAGAAAGUUGUCGAGCAACGAUCAGUCCCAUUGGUUCACGCUCAGAGGAACCAAAACGGGAUCUGUGGAACUGAAAAUCAAGGUCUUGUCGGAGGAAUGCGAGACACAAAGCACAUAUGCAACCAGUAAUAUCAGCGACAACUCUUCCCGUCUUAACACCGAGCCGGACUCCUUGUCGAGUAUUGUGCGAAGACCUUCCAUGGAGAAGUCCAAGAUACGCCUGCAUUUAGAUCCGGUAGUACCGCCGCCGCCUCCACCACGCACUGUCACUCUUCUGAAGCCGACGACGUCUAACCAGUCUGAUAAAGCUAGUGUGACCAGCAAAGAAUCGAACGAGGCGAACGGCACGACGAGCUUCUGGAUUCCAAAAGUCAUCGCCGAAUCCACCGCGGAUAAUUCCAUCGACGAGGCUGAUACGAGUAAAAACAGGGAGAGACGAUCCUCUCAUCACAGCCUUACUCCCAGUCCUGAACAGAGUUUUGGGAAGAAACUACCGCAAUAUAACAGUUUCCGCGUGAUGAAACAAAAGGUGAAGAGAGGUUUAAAACUUCGUAGAUUUCGGUCGGAAGUAAAUAUAGAAGAUAAGAACGAGAGCAAGGGUAUCACGUUGAGUUUGGAGCCCAGAGGCGGCGGAGAGGCCGAUGCAACGGAACUCUUGUCGGAAUCCGGCCUGGCUCACGCGGUGUCACAACCAGAUAUGCUGGGUAGGAUAAGGCAACCAAGUCCGCGAUUAAGAUUGAGACCGAAUGAUUUAAAAAUCAUCAACGGUACUAGAGAGAAGUAUUCUGGUGUAGAAGGGAAGGUUCUUCAAGCACAAGGCCUUCACGUGGCGCAUAUCGCCCAAUUAUAUUGCCGUGUGAAGCUUCAGACGUGCACCAGUCCUGACAAGAUCAUGUCAGCUAAUGGCGGUAAAACCAUCGCCAAAUCACGACUGCUACCGGCUAUGCCUAAUCCUCAAUUCAGCAUCGAUUUUCACAUAGAAGGCGAUGGUGUACCGAGGCAAGCGUUACUGAUAUUUGAAAUAAGGAGUGCUAGCAAGGAACUGUUAGCCAGUCGACGUAUAACUCUAUACGAAUUGCUAGGGGUGUCCGCCGCUAGCGACGAGAUUCACACGUGGCUGGCGUUGAAUAACGGAGCCUCGUUAGAAGUACAAAUCGCUCACGGAAAAGAGCUUAAGAAUAAGUCGACGAAAAAGCUGUUUCGCUCUUGGUCGGUUCAUCGGAUAGGAAAAAUAUGAAAUUCAAACAGAACGGCAUACUGCUGCUGUACAACAUCGAUCUAACGUAUAUUAAUAUAAAAGAAAAGGAAAUAAUAAGACUUCUCUUUAACUUGUUUCGGGAACAACAUCUAAUUCUCGGGACGCAUAUUCCAUCAAUAUUUCUCGCGUGAAAAACAAAUACAUGAGAAAUUAUUUUUACAGACAACAACUAUACAUAUAAUUUUUUUCACAAGCUUUUAAUGACAAUACCUAAUAUCAUACCAUUUCCAACAUUUUAUUAGCAUUCCAUAUGAUGGUCUCCAACGUUUUGUACAAUUGUACUAACAAGAAGUUUCAUUCUCUAGUACAUAAUUUUUACGACAAAUUGUAUAAGAUAAAUUAUACA